ACUGUGCACACAGCGAUCACCACUGUCGCACUCGCACUGCUUCCACAGUUAGCUGGGACUGUGUGUCACCUGAGCCUGACUCUACCUGCAGGACACACCCAGCUCUCGCUGCGACUUUGCUCAGACAGGUUGAGGGGGCGGGGCUUCCGUAUCCGCACAAAGCCGCCCCGGGGAUCUCCUUCGGCUUCUCCACCCACACCGGAGUUCUGGUAGUAGAGCCAGGAAUUAUUGCCCGGAGGGGCUGGGUGUGUGAUGCAGUGACGCUGGGAGAAGUGCUGCUGCUGUGUCCGGCUAUAGAGGAUGUUUUUGUAAUGUGUAGUUGUGAUCAAUGUGCAUCAGCAGGAUCUGGAAUCCAGGAUGUCCUUCACUUUCCUUGUGGACAUUCCAGAGUUGCAGGAGGAGCACAGCCCUUACGAUGAGCGUGAAGUGCACGAUUCCUUCAGCAGCGUUAUUCAAGAUGCAGAGCAUGAAACAUUACUGGGACAUCAGCAGCCUAAUGGCAAUACAGGGGACCAGUAUCCGGCACAAGAUGACCACUACACGGCCACCAUGAGAAUCCUCUCCAAUAUGCCCAGUCGUACUAUUGGACGUUGUAAAGGGACCAUGUUAUCCCAGUAUUAUAACCGCACAGUGAGGAAACGGCAAUCAAAGAAGCGUCCAUCUUUGUACAAUAUACAGCGUAGUGCCAGACCCAGCAUACGACUCAGAGAAGAAACUACGGAAGCAGAAAAGGAACAUCAAAGGCUGCUUGUGUCAGAGCUGCAGAAGACAUCGGGAACCCAACGGAUUAACCUGCUUAAGAGCUUUCCUCUAAGUCUGCGUGUGAAAAGGGAAUUGAGGAACAUGACACUAGAUGACGGUGGAUCAUGGAAGCGAAGGACUAAAAACUCUUGCUGCAGCAACAUAAGCGAUAACAUCAGUAUGGCUACACACAAAUGCUGGCUUUCAUUCCUUUCGAGACUGUAUGCUUUGCGGCCUUGGCAGGUGGCUCUGAAGCAGAUUGGAGGGCGAUUUGGAUCCAGUGUCCUUUCAUAUUUCCUUUUUCUACAGACUCUCUUGAUAUUUAACAUCUUCAUGGGCCUUUGGUGGCUCUUGUUCAUUGUCACCCCACAGACUGUGCAUCCUCCUGGUACCCCAAACACACAUCCUUUCACCAGCCUGGAACUCCUCACUGGAGCUGGUUAUUUCUCCGACACGGUCAUGUAUUAUGGCUAUUACAGCAACUUUACCCUAAAUGAUGGCUGUUCCUCAGGGUACAAUGGGUCUGAGUGUACCAGCGGCAAAGUUUGGCUUCCAUACCACAUGCCUCUAGCUUAUCUGUUUACAGUGGGAGUCGGCUUUCUGAACACUUGCAUUAUUUUGGUGUAUAAAAUGUCCCGUUCCUUUGGUGACAACUUCAGAAUAGGGUACUUCUCCGGAGGUCUGGCAUUAAAAGUUUUCAGUUCUUGGGAUUUCAAAGUGAACAGAAUCCAUUCUGUGCAGCGGCAGCAGGAGAAUAUCAACAUGCAGCUAAAGGAGUUGCUGAGUGAGCACCAGCAGAAUAAGAAUCAACAUGACAUGAGGAAGAGGCUACACCGUGUAUUUGUCCAUGUUUUCUCCUGGGCUUUGUGUGUGGGCAGUUCACUGGGGUCUGCAGUGGGUAUUUACCUCCUUGCAGAAUAUCUGCACAAGGAUCACCGGAUACGGCUGACACAAAGCGGAGAACCAGAAGUAGAGGCAAUGCUGCUGCCACUACCAUUGGUUGUGUCUCUGUGUAAUCUACUGCUACCAUACAUGUACCGUGGCCUGGCGCAGUGGGAGUGUGUGGACUCCCCCAUUCUGGAAGUCUAUCUUGCCAUCUGCAGAAAUCUUAUGCUGAAGAUUGUCAUCCUUGGUGUUUUGUGUUAUCAUUGGUUAGAAAGAAAAGCAAACAGCACGGAGAAUAAGUGCUGGGAAACAUUUGUUGGACAGGAGUUGUAUCGCUUUGUGGUAAUGGAUUUCAUUUUCACUCUGCUGGACUCUCUGUUUGGAGAGCUGCUUUGGAGGAUAAUCCUGCAGAAGAGAAGCAAACAAAAGUGUCGUCUGGAGUUUGACAUUGCUCGAAAUGUGCUAGAGCUGAUUUAUGGCCAGACCCUCUGUUGGCUUGGUGUUCUGUUUUGUCCUCUAAUUUCGGUUGUCCAGACACUGAAACUGCUGCUGCUGUUCUACGUAAAGAAGGCCAGCCUGAUGAUGAACUGUCGCUCCCCAAGAAAGCCCUGGAGAGCAUCACAUAUGAGCACUGCAUUCCUCACACUGCUUUGCUUCCCCUCCUUCCUAGGGGCAUCUGUAUUCCUCUCCUACACAGUAUGGUCAGUGAAGCCCUCAGACUUGUGUGGUCCAUUCCGCUCUCUCAAUACUAUGUAUGAAGCUGGGAAGCUCUAUAUCAAGAAGAUGGAGGUGACAAACCCUGAGCUAGGCUGGGUCAGCUGGAUUUAUCACUACCUUUGGGAGAAUACACUCUUCAUCUACGCAGCAUCCGGAGUCCUUCUGGUUGUGAUCUACUUCCAUAUACAGAUUGUAAAUGGACAAAGAAAAAUCAUAAAAUUACUAAAGGUUCAGAUUGAUAAUGAGGGAGAGGACAAGCGUUUCCUCAUCGAAAAACUCCAUUCUGUUUAUAAGAAUAGGACAAAGCAACCAAAGCCAACUGUGAGAAAGAAGUGAUCUGCACACACAGCAUCGGGAACAAAGCUGCCUGUCUAACUGGAAACUGGAUCUCUGAUGUGUGGCAAAGCCUUGCUCAUCACGUCAGAAGAGAGCGUGCUGCCAAACACUGGACAAUACAAAUUCUAUAAUAGCCACUUUUUAUAUUUUUAUAUUUAUAAUAAACCUACUGUUUAUAUGA